CUCGAGCAUCUUGGUUCAGUCAUAACAAGCGUGUAGAAGAAUAUGGGUCAGUGUGGACCGAAAUCUUUCAGCGAUUCUCACAUGCUUUGUCUGGGAUCCACAGGUUCCAUGUGUGAGAACUUAACCGCAUCCUUUAAAAUGACGCCUGCGAUUCGGGUCGUAGAAAACGGGAUUUGUCUCAUUUCACGCUUGAAGAGAUACUUGGGUGUAUCGAAGGACCGAAGGAAGCACGGUUGUGCUGGGAAGAGCAGGAGAAGCAGCUGCAACUGUACAGCGCUGGUUUUCGUCGAGGACCUGGCUGGGGGAGUUUGGAUGACACCUGAAGAAAACAGAGGAAGAACUUGAGAAGAGGAAAACAAACUUUCGAGGAUAUAUAUAUAUAUAUACGCUGGUGACGACGGAUCUGAGGAUCUGGAGGUUGCGCAAUCAGCCUGAAUGCCGGGAGAAGAACAUGUUUAAGGCUUGGAAUUACAUCUUGCUAACAUAUGUAAAAUUCCAGCUAUUUUUUUUAUCUUUAAGGGAAAUUUCUUGAUUUAAACCAGAAGUUUAGGAAAGCUUCAGUUGACCGACAUUAAUUCUAUUCUUCUUGACUUUCUUUCUUUCUUUCUUUGGAAUGUUGGGAAAUCGAUUCGAGGACUUUGCAGUAUGAAAGAUUUUCAUCCAACAAAUCUUUUAAAAAGUUUCUGGCGUAUGAUUUUUUCGGGGGUGAAAAAGCUCUACCCGUCUUUUUUAUUGUUGUUUUUUUCUGGAAGAUGAAUCACUUUUGGUUCUGAAUCAGUAUGUGACCGCAAACUAAUGCCAAGAUAUCCGAUUGAUAAGUGUAUGAAAUCGUGAUGCUUCAUCGGCGAGAUCCGAUCUGCGUCACGAUGAACACUCACACAAUAUGUAAUAUUCUUUAGAAACCAUGCAUGGGUCAAUUUCCUGCAUUAUCUGCCCCUGAAGGGUUAUUAGGUUCCUUAUUGUGGUUUUUACACUGAACCACCCAACAAUGGCUCUCUCUCUCUACCUAACAAAUGGACCAAAGCAAAAGAACAAACCAAAGAACCAUCCAGAGAUCUACAGUUGCACAGAUGUCCCAUUCCACCGGUUCCUGUUUCAACCGAUAUAAACAAAUUAUGACAUAAACUCUGUCGGCUUUCAGUGUGAGACGUGUUUUUGCUUCUGUUGGGUAACUUUACAUGGAAUUUAGUGGUUGAAGAUAAUAUGUUGAAAUUUUAGAUGCCUAAGAACAAGAACUCGCGGUAUCUCAGAGAGCGGACGUGGGUUUGAUGUUGGCAUUUAUUGUAGAGAUGGAUACAUUUGUGUGGAAAAAUUAGCUGUUUAGUUUUUUUUUUUCUACUUUUUAAUGAAUAUUGCCCCUAGUGGGAGCAAUUAGUAGGCUUGAUAAUAAAAACUGUAAAACCUUAGGAAAAACCACCAAUCCUUAAAGCCCCGAGUGUCUCCUUUCAAUAAUAAUCAGGCUUGGCGUGUAACGUUACUUGUGGCUUUGUGUUGGAGUCACCAUCAUACUUUGCCCCCUUGUGCUUUGCCAUAAAGUUUUGAGAUCAGAUAAGUGGGUAAUAAAUCAACCAGUGAAGAUAAAAAACAAACACAGAUCCGCAGUAAGGUGGAAUUCGUGCAUAUCCUGUAAUGGGGCUAAAGGGAUCGAAGCUCCCGGAUGCUCGCAUUCUUCUCUUGGGUCUGGAUGGAGCCGGGAAAUCCACUCUGCUCUUCAAACUGAAAUACGACGAGUUAUUCUGCACCGUCCCAACCAUCGGCUUCAACGUGGAAAUGAUGGAGGCCAAGCAGAACAGGAGGAAAAUCACCCUGACUGUGUGGGAUGUCGGCGGUCAGGAGAAGAUGAGACAGCACUGGAGGAGCUACUAUCAAGACACGGCGGGGCUCCUGUUUACUGUCGACUGCUGGGACAGGACGCGUCUGAACGAAGCCCAGAGUGAACUGGAACGAGUGCUGAAGAACGAGCACCUCAGAAGACUUCCUGUGGUCAUCCUGGCUAACAAGCAGGACAAAGAUGGAGCCCUGACAGCUACUGAGCUCACAGAGGCAUUUAACCUGAGGAAGACUUGCAGCGACAGGGACUGGUUCGUUCAGCCUUGCUCGGGAAAGACCGGAGCCGGAGUUCCGGAAGGGUUCAGGAGGAUGGCACUCUUGGUGGAAACCACCUCCGAUAACAACAUUAAAGACACGGUCAAGUAUCUAAGAAAGACCAUAAAGAAGUAGCUAAUGAAUGUGAUCCAAGUCUCUUCUUGAUUAAAAUAUCCAGAACUUCUGACCAGGAAGAAGUACUUCUCUGAAUUUUUGGUUUUAAUUUCAUGUCAAAAUUAAUUUUCUUUACUCUGAGCUGAAACACUUUAAAGCAGGUUUUGUUUGUUGAAUCCUGGAUUUAUUUCUUGAAUUUCAUGACUUUAAAUAAAAUAAAAAGAAACCAAAACAAUGAA